UCUGCAUAAGUAGAGACAAAACAAAAUCUCCCCUCCCCACCUCGACUAACUUUUUAACCUCUCGGCAUGCCGUGUACUGUUCUCGCUAUACUGGCUAAAGGCGCAGAGGAGCUCGAGCUCGUCACAGUCGUGAAUAUUCUGAGAAGAGGGGGGGCUGCUGUUGUCAUCGCUGGUUUGAAUGGUUUAGACCCGGUUAAAUGCAGUAAGGAUGUUGUUAUUGUGCCCGAUCAGGAACUUGAAAAAGUUAAAAAGGAUUUAUACGACAUGGUGUUCAUUCCCGGCGGUUUAGAAGGGGCAAAGGCUUGCGCCGGCUCUGAAUUAGUUAACGAAGUGCUCAACCGUCAUUACCAAAAUAACAAGUACAUCGCGACCAUCUGCGCAGGCCCGUUGUCUUUAAUAAAUCACGGCAUUGCUCGCGGGAGUUGUGUUACUUCCCAUCCUUGCAUUAAAGAACAGCUUGUUAAAGAGGGCUACUCCUAUAAGGAACAACCGGUCUGUGUGGAUGGCCGCAUCUGCACAAGUCGAGGGCCAGGAACAGCUCUUUUGUUUGGCUUAAAAUUAGUAGAAGUGCUUUUUGGUGAAGAAAAGUAUAAGGAAGUCUGCAAGCCUUUAAUGAUCCCUUAAAUUUACAUAAAGCCUUUUCUUUCAAGUUUAUUAAAAUUGCUUUUUUUGCGAGAAACUUUAUGAUUUUAGCGUGCUCUAAUUUUC